AUUAUUUCGUGUACAUCAUGAACCUAACAGUAUGUGUAAAGUGUGUGUGUGAUCUUAAAUCGAUUUUAUUAAUUUAUUUCAGUGCCUAUUUGUGCAUGGUCCAGUUUACCUCAGCUGUGUUGGAUAACAGAGGAAAGGAGUUCUUAGUUGCCUUUAUGGAAAACGAGGUAUAUCAUGGUAAUGAUAUUAAUCCCGAGAUAUAUGUUACAACCUCUAAGAAAACAAUAGUCAAUGUCAAUGUUUCAGCCUUUGGUAAUCCAAAUGCUCAACUCUACAAAACUUUCUCGGUGAUUCAUGGACAGACUCAGUUAGUUAAACUGAAUACAAGUCUCCGUUUACAGCACACCGAACUAACUAAAAAGGCAGUACUUAUUGAGGCGGACGAUGAAAUCGUAGUUUAUGUUGUUAACAGAGAAGGAAUGUCCGAUGAUGUUUAUCUUGCGUUGCCAAUCGAUGCCCUUGGCAAAGAGUAUUAUACUGUUUCGUAUUCCCCUGCUACACAUUACUGUCUUUUUGCUGUUAUUGGGGUUUAUGAUAAAACAAAUGUUUCCAUUCAUUUACCACAUAUACAUCAUUUAAGUGUUUCUCUGAAUGGACACACAUAUCAUGGAAACCAAUGGAUGAAUGUGACUUUAGAUAGACUCAGUACACUACAGGUUCGUUCUAAACACGAUUUAACUGGCUCCCAUAUUGUAUCAAGUAAGCCAAUAGCCGUAUUAAGUGGAAACAAGAAAACUGCAGUUGGGCAUGGAGACUCACGCGAUCAUCUUGUGGAAAUGCUACUUCCAUUAUCGUCAUGGGGUAGUAAUUUCGCAACCGUUCCAAUACCCGACAGACACGGUAAAGGCGAUAUAUUUAGAUGCAUUGCUAGCGAAGACGAUACUCACGUACACGUUUCUGGUAUAAACUCUGGAAAACCAUUUCAGGACCAUUUCAAACUUGACAAAGCAGGUCAAUACGUCCAAAAACACUAUAGUUCCGGUUUGUACUCUCAUAUAGUUGCUGACAAAGCUAUAUCAGUGUUCCAGUUUUCAUUGACACAAACAGGCCAUGGUGAUCAUGCUGAUCCAUCAAUGAUAACUGUCGUUCCGAUAGAACAAUAUGCUUUUCAAUAUACAUUUACAACUCCGGAAUAUUCUCACGGUAAUUAUUCGAACUAUUUUAUGUUUAUCAUCGAUUCAUCGCAGACGAGUGGCCUUAGAAUUGAUAAUCGAUCGUUAGCUGACAAUCAAAUUCUUCACAAAAUACCCGAGACUCAUCUCGUGGGGGGUUACGUGGAAAUAUCAAUUGGUACACAUACAGUCAUGCAUACUGAUCCAACUACAGUAUUUGGUGGGAUUCUAUUUGGCAAGGCGGUCCAUGAAUCAUAUGGAUUUCCGGUUGGAUUAUUAUCCAAACCAAUAAACACGGAUUGCCUUGUUAGUCAGAUGAUAGAGGGAGACAAAAUAGAUAACGACUGUGACGGAGAAAUAGACGAAGAACAAUCAGAUGGAAAAGAUAACGAUGGUGAUGGUCAAAUCGAUGAAGACUGCAUCUGCUGUCCAUUUAGUGGUCCAAAAUUACCAGACAUAUUUGGAAGACGAUGAUUUGAAUACUGGUAACGAAGUUCAAAUUAUGUAUUUAUUAUCUUGUAUAUUCUAUAGAACAGUUCAUAAAAGACGCUAUUCAUAUAUAUGACAAUAUAUGUAAACUAAA